AUGUGGCGAUUUCAGAUUGGAUUCCAUGAUCAUAAGAAGGUAAAACGCUGUGUGGUAGCUAAACGUUGCAAUGACAUCGUUAACCGGCUUAACAAGACUGAGAAAAAGGAGGAUAUUGACUACAGGCAAGCAUUUAAGCGUGAGCAACGAGACAUAGCUGAACGUCGACAACAGCGAAAGCUUGAGCAGGAGAGGAAGGCGAAGGAGAUGAAGGAAGCUGAAGAACGAGAAGCAGCACGUCGACAACGCCACUACGAAGACGUUGAUUGGGAUGCACCACCUCAGAAAGAGAAAGACGACGGAAAUCUCUCGGACGAUUUCAUGUGA